AUGAAGUUCACACUAUUCUCCACAUUGACACUCGUCAACUAUGUGCUUUCCGCUCCGGCCGUUGAUAACGAUAUCGCCACACGCGACGAGGCCAAGCUUAACGCCCGGCGACUACCUCUGCCCCUACCGGCUUAUGCUCUGCCUCGCAUAGGCGUCACUGUUACAUCCAAGGGAAAGAGCUCGACUAAAUGUAUUUGUCGUCGAAGCAGCGCUAUCAACCGUCAUGAGAAUCUGGUCAUCGGCAUGGGACGUGUGGCCGAGGUUAUCAAGGCUAGAUGCAAUGACAUUGAAUCGGCUUUAGAAGCUACCAGAGGAGGCACAAUGACAAGUGACCAAGCUGUACAGACAGGAGUCAACAUGAUGGACAACAUCCGAGUGAUGCUAUUCGGAACAGUCUCUGGUCUCGGCGACGCCUCCAAUCCAGACCUUGCCCAGGAAGAGCGCAAGGAACUCAUCGAGUAUCUUUACACCAUCAACAGCUAUUUCUACAAGACCACUAAAGAUUUCAUCGACACAUUGGGAGGAGCAUCAGGAGGUCGAUCCUUGUCUCGUGCAGGCCACAUGCUCGCCGAGAUGCUCGAGAGUAUCGCCACCACUUAUCCCAGCGCCGCAUCCGACAUGGGCAGCAAGCUUGCACCAAUCUUCCCUGCCGAACUUGGCCAGAACGACGAUGAUCUACUCGAUCUUGUCAUGGGCCCUGUGGUCAGCUUUCUGACAUCGAUCAAGACCGUUCCUGUCGAUGACUCUAAGACAGCCGAAUGCAGCAUCUCAGAGAUGGAUUGUUCCGGCGAUCUCAACGAAGACUUGCGAUAA